UAUAGGACCAAUGUCGUUCGGAUACUCCUAAGGCCGCCGUGGGGGAUUGUGGUAUUGGCCACGGGCUACCUGUGACUGCGAUUCUAAAUAGAUGUGGAGAACUGAAGAGAUAGCAUAUACCCCUCGCCGAAGAACCCCUCAACUCAACACAGUAACACAGACCGGACAAGCACAAGGACAAGGACAAGCCAACUCGAAAUGUCCUCCCAAAAACAGACACCAUCGGAACAGCCAUACAACGAAACACAGUCUUUAACCCCAAUCCCCGCCCACCUAAACCCCCAGACCUACCCACGAACGCUCCAGGACGCCACGAAAAACAUUCACCUAGAACUCACCUAUGACGUACUAGACCCUACAAAAACACUAUCCCAGAUAUCCUCCCCAUCAGCAGGUGCCAAUAUCCUUUUCGUCGGCACAACGCGCAACAGCUUUGAAGGCCGACCUGUCAAACUCCUUAGCUACACGAGCUAUGCGCCGCUGGCGCUGAAGACACUGCUCCGGAUCGCGGAGGACGCGGUAUCCAAGUUUGGGUUGCUGGGAAUUAGCAUUUCACAUCGGUUGGGGGUUGUGCCGGUUUGUGAGGCUUCGAUUGUGGUGGGUGUUAGUUCGGAGCAUCGUGGGCCUGGGUGGAGGGCUGGGGAGGAGGUUUUGGAGGUUGUUAAGGAGAAGGUGGAGAUUUGGAAGAAGGAGGUCUUUGAAGGUAGGGAUGGAGAUGGAAACGGAGAUUGGAAUGGCGAAGGUGAAGGUGAGAAAGGUGUGUGGAGAGCGAACCGGGAUAGAGAUGCUCAUGGUCGGUUGGUUUUGCAGAGAAUAACAUAGCUGCAGAGACAGGGGCAGGAGGGCAGAGCGCACCGGGUUACUGCUAUAGAGUAUAAACACACAUCUUCCAU